AUGAAUUCUCCUAACUUCCACCUAAACGCACUUUCCCACCUCGGUAAGCCGGUGACCAGCCCUCCGGGUAAACUGGUAAGCCAGUGUACGGCCUUCCGAGAUGGUAACCGGGUAAACGGAUAAGAAAUCACCUCGGUACCGCUGGCAUCACUACCACUACCCCAUCGGUAGAUGCAAGAUCUGCGCAGCGGAUACUACCUGAAAGACUGUUACUGCCAAUGGAUUUGCAACUAACACUACCGCUAGUAGCAGUGCCACUGUUAGUGAAAAGACAUACUGCGGAUGCUGGCAAUGCUUCUACUACUACUAAUACUACCACUAUUAUUAUUAACACUACUACUAGUAUCACUACAGAUACUACCACUACUAUUACCAGCACCAAUACUACUGCUACUAAUACCACUACUAAUAAUACUACUACUAUUACUACAAAUAUUACUACUACAACUGCUAAUACUACUGCUAUUACUACAAUUAAAAAUACGAGAAUUACUAAUACCAACACCACUACUAAUACCACUGCUAAUACCAACAAAACUACAAUUACUAAUGCUAAUACUACUACUAAUACUACUUCUGCUAAUACUACUGUUAAUACUCUUAUUACUAACAGUAAUACUACUAUUAAUACUACCAGUACCACUACCACUAAAAAUAUUACUAAAAGUAAAAUUACUACUACAAAAACGAAUCAAAUAAUACUACUACUACUGCUACUACUAUUAAUACUACUACUACUACUACUACUGCUAUUAAUACCAAUGCAAAUACUACCACUACAACUACUAUUACUAACACUACUACUACUAUCACAACUACUACUACAAUUACUACUACCGCUACUACUACUGUUAGCAACACAACUACUUAAACUACUGCUAAAACUAAUGCUACAAAUACAACUACUGCUACCACCAGCACUACUAAUACAAUAACCAACAAUACUACUACUAAUACUACUACUACCAGCACCACUAAUACUGCCAAUAAUACCAUUACUACUAUUGCUAAUGGUACUAAUACUACUACUAGAAAAACUACUGAUACUACUACAACAGCGGAUACUACUACCAAUAUUACUACUAUUACAACCACAAUUACUACUACUAUCACUACUACUACUACUACUACUAUUCUACUACUAAUAUGCUACAACUACUACUACUACUACAGCCACCACUACGAAUAUAACUACUACUACCACAACCAGCACCACCACUACUGCUAUCACUACCACUACUACUAUUACUACUACUAAUACUACUGCUGUUAAUGCUACGGCUACUACUACCAUUAUUACUACUAUUACCGACAUUACUAUUAAUAUUCAUAAUAAAACAAUUACUAAUACUUCUACUACUACUACACCUACUACUGAUAACAUUACUACUACAACCACCAACACUAUUACUACCACUACCACCAAAAUUACUACUCCUCCUACUACUACUAUUACUACUACUAUAACUAUUAAUAUUGCUAAUAUUACUACUACUGCUACUACUAAUACAACUAUCGCUGCUACUACUACUACUACUACUACUACUACUAAUGCAAAUAAUACCAGACGUACGUCGAUUACUACCAAAACCACUACUACUACUACAACUACUACUACUAGUAGUACUUAUACUAUCAUUGCUACUACUACCACCAAAAUUACAACUAACACAACCACUAACACCACUAAUAUUACUACCACCGCUAAAAUUAUUGCUAUUACUACUACAACCAACUGCAUAUUACUACCACUAAUACUAACAAUACUACUACGAAUAAUGCUACGAAUAAUAUUACUAAUACUACUUCUACUAGUACUAAUGCAACUACUACUACUACUACUACUACUACUACUACUACUACUAAUAGUACUGCCAAUACAACUACAACGAAUAAAACUACCACUACUAAAACUACUUCCACCGCUGAUAAUGUUGCUAUUACUAUUGCUACUGCUAAUAAUACAACAACCUCCAUUAUACUACCACGAAUACUACCACGAAUACUAACACUACUAAUACUUCUACCAAUAACACAACUAAUACUACUAAUAACAAAACUACUAAUGCUAACACUAUUGCUAGAACUACUACUACUACUACUACUACUACUACUAUCAUACUACUGCAACUGCGGCUGCCACUACCACUAUUACUAAUAUUAAUUCAACAAUUACUACUACUAUUAAUACCAAUACUAGUACUACUCAUACUACUACUACAACUACUAUUUAUACAUAUACUACUGCUACUACUGUAUCUAAAAACACUGCUGCCACGUCCACUACUACUACAACCAACAACACUAAUACUAAUAAUAAUACUACCAGCACCACUACCACCGCUACAAAUUACACUACUACUACUACUACUGCUAAUACUACUACUGGUACUUCUACUACUACUGCUACUACUACUGCUGCCGCCACCGCCAUAUUACUACAAAUAACAAUACAAAUACAAACACUAAUACUAAUAUUAGUACUACUAACAGUAAUACUACUACUGCUACUACUACAAGUACUACUACUACUACUAUCAGCAACAAUGGUAAUAACACUACUACUACUGCUAUUACUACUGCUAAAACUACUACUAAUAAUACUACUACAACAGCUACUACUACUGCUUCUACUACUACAAUAACUAUACAAGCAUCACUACUACUGCUACUAAUAACAAUAAUCAUACUAGAACCACUACUACCACUUCUACUACUACUACUACUACCACCGCUAAUACUAAUACUAGUACUAUUACUACUGUUACUGCUACUAAUUAAAUGACAUCCAUACGGCUACUAAUACUACUACUACUACUACUACUACUACUACUACUACUUCUACUACUACUACCACUAAUAACACUAAUACUACUAAUACCUAUACUACUACAAACACUACUACUACUAAUUCUAAUAAAAUUUUUACUACUACUAAUUCUACUAGUAAUAAUUCUGCUACUACUACUACUACUAAUACUGCCAACGGCAGAACUACUACUACCACCACCGGAACUACUACUGCUACCACUAUUACUACUAUUAAUAAUGCUGCUAUUAUUGCUACAAACAUUACUAUUACUAAUACUACUACUACUGCUCCUACUACUAAUGCUAAUACUACAUCUACCCCCGUUAGUAAUGCCACCACGCUGAUGGCACCAAAACUACCAAUUUUAUUAAUGGUACUACAACUUAUUUUAAUACUUCGACUAACGUUACUAUAUCUACUACUACUACUACAACUACUAAUACUACCACUGCUACUACUACUACGACUGCUACUACUAAUAUUACUACUGCGAAUACUGCAAUUAGUACUACUGCUACUACUACUACUACUAAUAAUACUAAUAAUAAUACCACAACUACUUCUUAUAGUACUACUGCCGCUACUGAUUCUACUACUACUACUACAACUACUACUAAUGCUACUGCUGCUACUACUACCACUACUACUACAUCUACUGCUACAUAUAAUUCUACUACCUCGACUACUACUAUUACUACUACUACUAAUACUACUACUGCUACUACUACUACUACUACUACUACUACUACUACGAUAUCUACUAACUCUACUACUACCACUUCUACUAGUAAAACCACUACUACUCCUAAUAAUACUACUACCGCUACGGAUUCUACUACUACUACUACUAGUACUACUACUACUACUUCUACCACUACUACUACUACGACUACUACAUCUACGCAUACUUCUACUACUACUGCUAAUACUACUACCUCUACUACAAAUCCUAUUAGUUCUACUGCUACUACUACUAAUCCUACUACCUCAGCUACUACUCCAUUUUCUUCUACUUCCACUACAACAACUACUACUACUACUAUUACUACUACUACUACUAAUACUACCACUACUAAUCCUAAUACUACUACUACCGCUACCAACAAUAAUACUCCUAAUAAUCCUACUACCGCUACUGCUUCUCCUAAUCCUACUACUACUGCUAAUAAUACUUCAAAUAAUAUCUAUACUGCAACUCAUUAUUCUACUACUACGAGUACAACUACUACGACUACUACUACUACUAAUUCUAAGACUAUUACUACUACUUCUAUUACUUCUACCUCUACUGGGACAACUACACCUAAUACUACUACUACUACAGCUACUACAUCUACUAAUACUACUACUACUACUACUACUACUACUACUACUACUACUACUACUACUACGGCCAAAUUCUUCUCUCACCGGCUGGUUGAGGGAUGGAACAAAUUGCCGAACUCCGUUGUCUUAGCGGAAAACGUCGAGACCUUCAAAAGAAGACUAGAUAAACUUAUGCUUGAUGGUCAAACAUUUACAUGAUAUCAAUGGCUGGUAUAACUGCUAUGUAAAUAUCUGCAUGUUUUUUUCAUACGUCUAUCUGUAAAUAGGGUUUUCCAAGGCUCUGCCUCUAUCCCUCAUAUAUACUGAAUUAUACUGAAUACUUCUACUACUACUACUACUACUCCGAAUAAUUCUACUUAUAUUACUAAUACUACUACUAAUACUAAAACUACUACUCCUAAUUCUACUACUACCGCUACUGCCUCUAGUACUACUACUACUAUUACUACUACUAACAUUACUAAUAAUACCACUACUACUACUACUACGACUACUAAACAUACUACUACCAUUACUACUAUUAUUACUACCACUAAAACUCCUAAUAUUAAUACUACCGCUACUACCACUACUACACCUAAUACUACUACUACCUCCGCUACUGCUCAUAAUACUACCACUACUACUACUAAUGCUAGUCCUACUCCUGCUACUACUACUACUGCUGCUACUACUACUACUACCUCUAAUAAUACUCCUAUUUCUUCUACUUCUACUACUAUUUCUACUGCUACUACUACUACUACUAACUGUACUAAUACUCCUAUUUCUUCUACUGCUACUAAUACUACUACUAGUACUAAUUCUACUGCUAAUAUUACCACUGCUCCUCCUAAUAAUACUACUACCGCUACUAACACUACUACACAUAAUACUACUACUACCGCUUCUGCUCAUACUACUACUACUACUUCUACUACUACUACUAAUACUAAUUCUACUGCAAAUAAUACUACUACUACUACUACGACUAUUACUACUACUACUACAUCUACUGCUACUCCUUUUUCUUUUACUACUUCAAAUACUUAUACUACCACAACUUCUAAUACUAAUAAUACUACUAAUUCUACUACUAUUACUAAUACUACUACUACCUCUACUAGUAUUCCUAUUUCUUCUAAUGCUACUGCUUCUACCACUACAAAUUAUAAUACUACCUGUACUACUCCUAAUACUACUACUACCACUACUACCAUUACUACUCCUAAUUCAUUUACUAGCGCUUUUGUUCAUACUACUACUACUACUACUACUACUACUACUACUACUACUACUACUACUACUACCUCUACUGCUCCUCCUAUUUAUACUACUACUACAUCUACUACUACUCCUGCUAAUACUACUACUACUCCUACUUCUACUUCUACUACUAAUACUACUACUUCUAUUACUAAUAAUACCACUACCUAUACUACUUCUCCUAAUUCUACUACUACUACGACUACUACUAAUUCCACUUCUCCAAUUACUGCUACUACUACUACUACUACUACUACUACUAUUAAUACUGCUACUACUACUACUAGUUCUACUAAUAGUACGUCUACUACUACUACUACUACUACUACUACUACUACUACUACUACUACUGAUAUUGCCACUACUUGUCCUAAUACUUCUACUAACGCUACUACUCCUAAUAGUACUACUACCGCUACUACUUCUGCUACUACUACUUCUACUAGUAAUACUACUACCACUAAUACAACUAUUACUACUCCUGCUAAUUCUACUACUAUGUCUACAACUACUACUACUACUACUACUGCUAAUACUACUACUAAUACUGCAUCUACUAAUCCUAAUACUACUACUACUACCGCUACUGAUUGUACUACUAAUACUACUACUGGUAAUAUUAUUAAUGCUACUACUUAGACUGCAACUACUACUCCUAAUACUACUACUACCGCUACUGCUUCUACUACUACUACUACUAUUAAUAUUACUUCUACUAAUACUGCUACCACUAUUACUAAUACUACUACAACUACAACUACUACUACUACUGCUAUUAAUACCAAUGCAAUUACUAACACUACAGCUACUGUUACUAACACUACUACUACUAUCACAACUGCUACUAUAAUUACUACUACCGCUAUUACUACUGUUAGCAAAACAACUACUUAAAAUACUGCUAAAACUAAUGCUACAAAUACAACUACUUCUACCACCAGCACUACUAACACAAUAACCAACAAUACUGCUGCUAAUACUACUACUGCCAGCACCAAUCAUACUGCCAAUAGUACAAUUUCUAUUAUUGCUAAUGGUACUAAAACUUCUACUAUAAAAUCUGCUGAUACUACUACAACAGCGGAUAUUACUACCAAUAUUAAUACUAUUACUAGCACAAUUACUUCUACUACCACUACUACUACUACUACCACCAUUCUACUACUACUAUUCUACAACAACAACUACUACUACUACUAUAACUACGAAUAUUGCUAAUAAUACUACUUCUGCUAUUACUAAUACAACUAUCGCUGCUACUACUACUACUACUACUAAUGCAAAUAAUACCAGAUUUACGUCCAUUACUACCAAUACCAUUACUGCUACUACAACUACUACUACUAGUACUUGUACUAUCAUUGCUACUACUACCACCAAAAUUACAAAUAACACAACCACUAACACCACCACUAAUACUGCCACCUCUAAAAUUAUUGCUAUUACUUCUACAACCAAGUGCACAUUAAUAUCACUUAUACUAACACUACUACUACGUAUAAUGCUACGAAUAAUAUUACUAAUACUACUUCUACUAGUACUAAUGCAACUACUAAUACUACUGCUACUACUAAUAGUACUGCCAAUACAACUACAACGAAUACUACUACUACUACUAAUACUACAACAACAUCUCUUACUACUACUACUACUACUACUACUACUACUAAUACUACCACUAAAACUACUUCCACCGCUGAUAUUGUUGCUAUUACUACUGCUACUGCUAAUAAUACAACAACCUCCAUUAUACUACCACGAAUACUAACACUACUAUUACUACUAAUACUUCUGCCAAUAACACAACUAAUACUAAUAAUAACAAAAUUACUAAUGCUAACACUAUUGCGAGAAUUACUACUACUACAAUUACUACUACUACUACAACAACUACUACUACUACUAUAAUACUACUGCAACUGCGGCUCCCACUACCACUAUUACUAAUAUUAAUUCAUCCAUUACUACUAUUAUUAAUACCACUACUACUACUACUACUCAUACUACUUCUACUACUACUACUACUACUGCUUAUACAUAUACUACUGCCACUACUGUAUCUAAAACCACUGCUGCCACGUCCACUACUACUACAACCAAGAACACGAAUAAUAAUAAUAACACUACCAGCACCAAUACCUCUGUUAAAUCUAACACUACUACUACUACUACUACUACUACUGCUAACACUAUUACUAGUACUUCUACUACUACCGCUACUACUACUGCUGCCUCCACCGCCAUUUUACUACAAAUAACACUACAAAUACAUCCAAUAUUACUAAUAUUAAUACUACUAACACUAUUACUACUACUGCUACUACUACAAGUACUACUACUACUACUACAACUACUAUCAGCAACAAUGUUAAUAUUACUAAUACUACUAGUGCUAAUACUACUGCUAAAACUACUACUAAUACUACUACAACUACAGCUACUACUACUACUUCUACUACUACAAUUACAAUACAAGCAUCAUUAAUACUGCAACUAAUAACAAUAAUAAUACUGUAACCACUACUAAAACUUCUGCUACAACUACCACCGCUACUUCUAUUACUAGUACAAUUACUACUUUUACUUCUACUACUAAAAUGACCUCCAUACGGCUGCUACUAUUACUACUACUACUACUACUACUACUACUACUACUACUACUACUGCUAUUACUACUACUACUACUUCUACUACUACAUCUAUUACUACUCCUGCUACUACUACUACUACUACUACUACUACUACUACUACUGCUAUUUCAAAUGCUACUACUACUAAUACUACUAUUAAUACUACUAUUACUACUGCUACCGCUACUACUACUACUACUACUACUACUACUACUAAUACUACUGCUACUACUAAUUCUACUACUUUUACUACUACUGAUACUGCCAUUAAUACUCCUAAUACUACUACUAACGCUACUACUCCUAAUAGUACUUCUAACGCUAAUGCUUCUGCUACCACUACUACUACUACUACAUGUACUACUACUACCACUCAUAAAACUACUUCUACUACUGCUACUACUACUACUAGUACGUCUACAACUUCUACUGCCUCUACUACUACUACUACAAAUACUACUACUACCACUAAUACUGUCAGUACUACUCCUAAUACUACUACUACAGCUACUGCUUCUACUACUGCUAUACUAAUCCUACUACUACUGCUACUACUACUACUACUACUACUACUACUACGACUUCUACUACUACAACUACUCCUACUACUACUACUAUUACGGCUAAUACUACUACUACUAAUACUACUGCUGCUACUACUCCUACCUCUACUUCUACUCCUAUUUCUUCUGCUGCUACUACUAUUAUUACUACUAAUACUACUACUACCUCAACUAAUACUCCUAUUUCUUCUACUUCUUCUACUACUACUACUACUACUACUACCACUACUACUAUUUAUAUUACUACUACUACUCCUAAUACUGCUACUACGUCUACUAACACUACUACUCCUAAUAAUACUACUAGCGCUACUGCUUUUACUACUAAUACUACUACUGCUACUAUUACUUCUACUACUGCCUAUACAUCUUCUCCUUAUUCUACUACUACUUCUACUUCUAAUACUACUACUACUCAGAAUACUGCUGCUGUUGCUGCUACUACUUCUACUACUACUACUACUACUACUACUACUACUACUACUACUACUACUACUACUACUGCUCUUCUACUAUUUCAAGUACUACUACCACUGCUGCCGCUAAUAAACCUGAUGCUACUACUACCGCUACUACUUCUACUACUACUACUACUACUCCGAAUACUGCUUCUGCUACUUCUGCUACUACUAAUACUACCACUACUACUCCUAAUUCUACUACUACCGCUACUGCUUCUACUACUUCUACAACUACUACUACUACCAUUACCUCUAAUGCUACUCCUAAUUCUUCUUCAACGACUAAUACUACUACUACUACUACUACUACAAACACUACUACUAAUACCACUACUACUACUACUACUACUACUACUACUACUACUACUACUACUACUACCACUACUACUACUAAUACUGCCACAACUAUUCCUUAUACUACUACUACCGCUACUACCACUAAUACACCUUAUACUACUUCUACUACCGCUACUGUUCAUACUACUACUACUAAUGCUACUCCUACUGCUGCUAGUACUGCUAAUGCUACUACUACUACUACUAUUACUACUACUACUACUACUACUACUACUUCUACUACAACUCUAAUUUCUUGUACUGCUACUACUACUACUUCCUCUACUAUUACUCCUAUUUCUUCUACUGCUCCUACUACUACUACUGCUACAUCUACUAGUAAUACUACCACUACUGCUCCUAAUUAUACUAUCACCGCUACUACCACUACAUCUCCUAAUACAACUACUACAGCUACUGACACUACUACAGCUAAUACUACUACUGCCGCUUCUGCUCAUACUACUACUACUAUUGCUACUUCAACGACUACUACUACUACUACUACUACUAAAUCUACUGCUACUCCUAUUUCUACUACUACUUCUACUACUACUACUUCUACUACUACUAAUUCUACUACUAUUACUACUUCCACUACUACUACUACUACUACUACUAUUACUACUACUGCCUAUACUAUUACUCGUAUUUCUUCUUAUGCUACCUCUACUACUACUGCUAAUAAUAAUAAUAAUACUACCACUACUACUUCUAAUACUACUACUACCUCUACUACCACUACUACUCCUAAUACUACUACUACCGCUACUACCACUACUACUCCUAAUACUACUAUUGCCGCUUCUGCUCAUACUACUACUACUACUACCUCUGCUACUACUACUACUACUACUACUACUUCUACCACUACUACUACUACUUCUUCUACUAAUACUCCUGCUACUACUACUACUCCUACUACUACUACUACUACUACUACUUCUACUACUACUACUACCUUUACUGCUUCUCCUAAUUCUACUACUACUACGACUACUACUACUACUCCGAAUACUGCUGCUACUACUACUACUUCUACUACUACUACUACUGCUGCUACUUCUACUUCUAAUACUACUACUUCUACUUCUACUGCUUCUACUACUUCUACUACUGCUACUACUAAUACUGCCUCUACUACUUCUAAUACUACUACUACUACUUCUAUUGCAACUCCUACUACUACUACUACUCCUACUACUACUACUACUACUACUACUACUACUACUACUACUACUACAACCUCUACUGCUAAUCCUAAUUCUACGACUACUACGACUUCUACUACUACUACUACUACUACUACUAAUAAUAAUACUCAUACUACCACUCCUAAUACUACUACUACUACUACUAGUACAACUCCUACUACUACUAAUACUACUACUACUUCUACUAUUACUACUGCUACAACAACUACUACUACUACUACUACUACCUCUACUACUACUCCUAUUUCUUCUAGUAUUAGUACUCUUACUACUCCAACUACUUCUACUCCAACUACUCCGAAUACUGCUACUACUACUUCUACUGCUACUAAUGCUACCACUACUACUCCUAAUACUACUACAACCGCCACUGCUUCUAGUACUACUACUACUAGUACUGCUACUACUACUACAACCUCUACUGCUACUCCUAUUUCUACUACUACUACUACUACUACUGCUACUACUACUUCUUCGAAUACUACCACUGACAUGACCACGACUACAUUACUAACUUUUAUUUUAUAUGUAACGCUGACUGUAAUACUGCUAGUACCAAUAACGUCAAUGACUGUGCUACUGUUGGAAAUGCGCUUAAUUCGGACAUCAGGAAGUUACUACCAAUACCGUACAUAGACACGUAGUGGGGCAGCCACCUCUGCAACGAAUAAUAGGAAUAGAAAUUGCGGUGAGUGAUUGUAUCACCAAUAACACAAGCAAUACCCCGAUAGACACGACGGACGCGCAUGCAAAGGGAAAAGCACUGGACGGCAGUAUUUUAAACAAACAUGCCUACUGAAAUUAAUCAGUAGGCCUUUAUUUUCAAUGUCGCAACACUCAGAUUCGCGGCGAAUCUGAGUGUUGCGACACUGGUAUCCAGCCUUUUUUUCAUCAGGGAGGCAUUCUUACGUUGAUGACAGGGUCGUCGAAGUCCUGUGGCAAGCAGGACAGCCAUCUCCGACGUCCUUCUUGAUGGCAAAGGUAACUCCGGUCUCUUACCACUCUUCCCUUGGGUGUCCGCUCCACGAAAGGUACAUCCGGUACUUGCCUCCCUCAGCUGGUCCUGUUCAGAGAAUAGAGUCUUAUAAGAACCGUCAUGUUCCCUUUGUGACAGACCAGCUUGAAGGUAAAAAGAGCCAUUCUCCUUGCCAUAAUGUCUGGCAUCGAAUUUUCCGUAAGGGAAUAAACAUCACUGACUGUUAGAGCGAACAGUUUCAUUGUGGUAGCCUGCGAAAACGUGCGGUAAUGGGGACGAGGUUGUUGUUGGAUUUAGUUGUUUUCUUUGACCGCAUUUUAUGCGUUCACAAGUCACUACCAACUUGCGAUGCCUCUUUUGACCGCAUUUUUAUGGCAUCUUCCCUGACUCCUUCCCUCUCGAGGGGGCGAUCAGGCUACAACUAAAAAGAGUUGUCUAUUCAUCCCAGGCAAUCCGAGUUAGCCUGGGCUACCUUUACAAUCCCAAUCUCUUUCUCCAUAGGAUUCUUGCACAGUUUGGGAGGAGGGCGUUCGGGUAUUAAUUCAACGAUUACCGGCUGUUAAGACAAAAAUCAUGCCGAACAUCCUCAUCUGAUCUAGCCCAUUGGUCAAGGACGCCUACCGGGGUGUUGCCCCAGUACACCUUUGUGGGCCCCAUAUAAGAGAGGGUGUCGAGAAGGGAUGAAGCAGAAACAGCCACCAGAACCGUCCAUGCGUUCUGCGGGGACUGUCAGUGUACUGCUUAUAAGUACUUCUUGCCACCAAAGUCGGACCAGCAAUAUCGGGCCCAGUUGGUGUCACUUGUGUUAUAUAUUCCUGCUGACACCCUCAACAACCCGCGCGGAAUAUGCGCUGGAGCCGGGGGAGUAGAUCGGAGCCCAUUAGGCAGUAACCGGACUUAGUAGUGUCCGCACAUCCACUAACAUAUGGCACACUUUGGCGCAAGCUAACGUGGCGUCAAUCAUUUGCGUUCAAUCGUUGAAUCAGAUGACUGGCCGGCUUUGCUAAUGGGCUGGUUUCUGGGACAGGGUAGAGAGAGAGAGAGAGAGAGAGAGAGAGAGAGAGAGAGAGAGAGAGAGAGAGAGAGAGAGAGAGAGAGACGUGGACUCAGUUGACUUACGGCAUUUCAGCAUACUUCACCAGUACAAACAAUCCUACGCACUAAUGACCACGGCCUGAAAGGCUGCCAGCCAACGGCAUAAAUCUCUAUCGAGGGUCAGGCUGCAAUGCGGAUUCUAUUGCACUCCGACGAAGAUGGGAUCCUAUAUAUAUUCGCUCUGCAAGGAACGUUGAUAAAUUUGUCUCCGCUGAUCAUUAAGGCGAUAAGUCCAUGCUUAAUAAAGCGUGCAGUUCUCUGUGAGGGUUAUUAUAAGAGUUAGGCUCCGACUGCGCAUAUGCCAGUAAGGGAUGUACACGGAGACGACCGGCAUGGCCACCGAUCAAAGACAAGAUUCUGAAUUUCAUUGCUUUCUGCAUUUAUGUAGUAGUUUCUUUUCUUAGGUAUUUCCUGCUUCAGGAACUUCCAGCAGUUAAAAAGGGACCUGGAAUUUUUUAGCCAACUGAAUAAAUACUCAGCCUUCUGCUUUGGACGACUUUGAACGAUGUGAAUUGAAUUUCUGCAAUUGAUCUGGAGACUUAAACUCUGCCGUUAAUUAUAGCGCCCAUUUUGGCUACGAAGUUGCCUGGUCCGCGGUGCUGGCGUCUUGGCCUUUCUUGGGUCACUCGUGCUACAUCUUAUCUCCACAUUUUCUUCACGGCAACUAAGUUUAGGGUAAUUGUAAUGAAUAACAAAAAUAGACAAAGCCUUAACGAUAAAUGACGGCCUUACAGGGCGCAGAGACGUAGGCUAACGCUUUAGCCUAGUCCGUCGUAUAAAGAAUAGGACCUUUCAUCCUCGUCCAUAUUUGUCAACUUGUAAAAUUGAGUAGGCACGUAGAUUUACUUACACCCGUGUUAGAUAUAUCGUCUUAAACCAUGAAAUUAACAACUUAAGUGGUCACCUAGCGGCAAAAUUGGUUUGCAUAUGCAUCGACGGGUCUCGGUGUCAAUGCCCUCCUUGUGUCGGCAUUCUAUCGAGUUGAGGAUUCAGCAUCUAAUAAAUGACAAACCGGUAUCACUGGUUUCCGUGCGCUUAUCGUACAUCUGCGUUAACUAUAUGGGUCGGCUACUGGGAGUCUUGCUUUAUCGAACUCAAGCCAACUGUUCGUCGGUAUGACUCCAUGUCUUUCGUCCUUGAGCACGCGCUUGGAAACGACCACCGCCAUGGCUAACGCAAAGCGGACACAGCAAUUUCUGAGACCUGGUACUCUAACGUCAUGUCCACUUUGACGUUGACUGCGAAAGUCUGCGUGCUGGGUUCACUGAUUCUUAGUGCUCCUCCCGUGCAUAUAUAGGCGUGCAUGUAAGAGUAGUGCGUUGGAGGAUUUGGCUCCCACAAUGGACUGUGCUACAGAUUCGCUGAACAGGGACUGGGAUCAGAUUAGCUAAGGUCACGUGUUCAUCGGGCUGCGCAAAGUCCGCGCAAGCCCAUGACUGCUACCAUACAUAAGGGAAAGGUGUUUGGCGGCACGCCUGGGCGUAGACCACGCAGCAUCAGUCGCUGAGCCCAGUCCUACCGCCAGAUGGCUUACAAACUCGGAUAGUUGACUUGUGCAGGGGAUGGGAAAAGUGAGGCCGACAUUCGUGAAUAAAACCUUGCAGAACAGCGCAUUCCCCACUACGAGAAAUCCAACGCACCCCAAUCGAUCACGGCGCGCUAAGAGUCGGAGCUUGGAAGAUUGCCAGCUAAGUGGGUUGCGGUGUCCAGUUUGUGUAUUUUGGAGUGACCAAAGGACUAAGCAAGCGGAAGUCGCUCCUUAAUAUGGCCUCUAUGGUACUCACACGUACAAGACGUGAGCCGCCUUCGUGAGAGCCUGGUAUUUGGUAUUGGAACCAGGUCUUAUGUGGCACCCCUAGGUGGGUUCUUCGACUUUGUCAGCCAUUUCACCUGAGCUGGUCUCCGGUCGUCUUAAAACCGUCUUACCACCUAGUCCAGGUUGGUGAGGGAGGACUGAGUGCGGCGGAUGCUGCGCCAUAGUAAACAAGUUUGCGCAUAGGUCUCCAUCCGACGCCCACUUCGUGGUUCGCACGAUAGACGUCGUUCCCGAUAGUCGAAAUGUUGGCUUGGAAGGUUGCGAGGUAAUUUGGUAACUCGGUCUUGCUCACGACCGAGGAUCGGGCUGCAGUGACUAUUCCCGAACGUAGUCUUUAUGGCAUUGACCAAUGUGAGACAUGCGGUGCCAUUAUUGCAGUCCGGCGCAUGUUGGUGUGAGAGACAGGUCAUGAAUGGCACGCGCAGACGGCUGUUAGGCUUAUACAGUCGGCAUCCAUGCCCACCGUCGCUCGUCAUGACUUCGUCUUCCCAUCUGAGCACGACGGGUGAGGUGGGUGCAACGUGAGUCCGCUUCACCAGAGACCGCUGCGUGGCCCAGCUCCUGGGGACGGUGGUGGACAUCGUCGUUUGUGACGGUCGGACUGUCAUGCAUUUUUGCCAAGAUGUAUGCGUAAUAAUGGGAUAAGAUUGUCUAAACGAAGGUUGGCCGAAGUUAUGUUGAUCUGCCCAUGUUUAGUGAAUGGUCAGCAGAUUCAAGAAAACGUCGCUGCCGUUGCACGCUUGGACCCGGUUUCAGGAACGAAGACAAAAAAACUAACUACUGGAAGUCAGGGUACCUAAAACAGACAAAAUUGUGCAUUUAAUUACCUUUGAACGCGCGCAGUUCUCAUUUUAUGGUGCGCCGAGCAAGCAGUACUUUGAAGUUCCAAUGGCCGAAUAAAAAUGUUAUGAGCUUGUUGGGCUGAUGCACGACGCAGUUAUUUCAGCAAAGGUGGCCUGUUGAUAUCCGAUUUCGUCUAUUCGACUCCGAACUUAUCACUCCAUGGCCGUACGCCCCCCAAUUUUCCCUAUUCUUGCCCACCAAUGUGUUUUCUGUUCUUUUUUAAAUGCGAUAAAAAUCCUACUUACUGGCAUAAAUCUGUUUACCAUUUUAUUCAUUUCCACCAGUGUGAACUGGAACAACUGUCUGAAAAUCUUCAAUAG